CGUUCGGCCUGAACGCGAUUCACUCUGAUGACGUCACUCGCAGAGUUGUCAUGGCGUCUUUGGGACCGAAGCUACUGCUGCAAUUUAGCUAAAAUCUGUCGACAGCUCGUAAACCGAAAUGGAGAAAAAUGCAAACUUGCAUCGAGACGCUGACGGGAGCUCUUUGUGUGCUACGAUUGCGGGAGAAAUGGGCGACGUUACUACUGUCGCUGGAGUGAAAGGAACAGCCGACAAAUGCAAGAAUAGUGAGGCUCCUCUCAGUAGUUUGGUUAACGUUAGUUAUAACAUCAGCACCACAACCGUUAGUGCUCCUACUGGCGUUAAUGUCAUUUCCAGUACCAGUACCGAAAAGUCUGUCGUGCCAGAAGUGGUCGAAGUGCCCUCUGUGCAUCAGGAGGAGGAGGAGAAGAAGAAAGACGCCGAGGCGAGCGGAUCUUGGUCGGGGUCCGGGGAUCAGAUCAGUAACGGGAUGGGGCAUGACUCUGUGCUGGCCGCAGAAGACAGCCAGGGUGGUGCCUCAAAGUUAGUAAACAACAAAACCGACGGCUCGUCCUCACCUUCCGCUAAAGAGGGCGCAGAUGUGCGGGCUGAGGUUUCCGCUAGCGGAGAAAGUGAACCGACAAAACUUGCCAAACCGACUAAUCUGUGCCCGGACAAUGCAAACACAGAAAACGUCAAGUCGGGGCUGCCCACUGAUAAUGCCUUAUCGGAGGGCUUGCCGAGUGGGAGUGACCCCGAUCACAGCCUCGCUGGAGAGUCUCGAAGCUUAGAUUCGCUCGAGUCCUUCUCCAACCUCAACUCCUGCCCCAGUUCCGACCUGAAUAGUGAGGGGCUGGAGGACAGAGGACUGGCCUUGGCCCUGCAGAACGAGUACGGGGCCGAGAGCACAAAGAGUUCAUGUGCUAAGGACCGGGCCGCCGGCCAGUCCAUAUACCACAUUAAGUGGAUCAAAUGGAGGGAGGAGAAUACGCCGAUCAUCACGCAGAACGAGAACGGCCCCUGUCCAUUACUGGCCAUUAUGAAUGUCCUUCUGCUUGCAUGGAAGGUUAAGAUGCCACCAAUGAUGGAAAUUAUAACUGCUGAGCAACUGAUGGAAUAUCUCGGUGACUACAUCCUGGAAACCAAACCUAAAGAAAUAUCAGAAGCUCAGCGGUUAAACUAUGAGCAGAACAUGAGUGAUGCCAUGGCAGUGUUGCACAAGCUGCAGACAGGUCUGGAUGUGAACGUGAAGUUCACCGGGGUGCGCGUCUUUGAGUACACCCCAGAAUGCAUUGUAUUUGAUCUGCUGGACAUCCCUCUUUACCACGGCUGGCUGGUUGACCCCCAGAUGCAUGACAUUGUGAAGGCAGUGGGCAACUGCAGCUAUAACCAGCUGGUUGAAAAGAUAAUAUCCUGCAAACAGUCAGACAACAGCGAGCUGGCAGGAGAAGGCAUUGUAGCAGAGCAGUUUCUGAACAGCACAGCCACCCAGCUGACUUACCAUGGCCUGUGUGAGCUCACAUCCACAGUACAGGAGGGAGAGCUCUGUGUCUUUUUCAGGAAUAACCACUUCAGCACCAUGAUCAAAUACAAGGGCCAGCUGUACCUUCUGGUUACAGACCAAGGUUUCCUGACAGAGGAGAAGGUUGUCUGGGAAAGUCUGCACAAUGUUGACGGGGACGGCAAUUUCUGUGAUUCAGAGUUCAGGUUGCGGCCUCCUUCUGAUCCAGAGACUGUAUACCGUGGCCAGCAGGAUCAGAUAGACCAGGAUUAUCUUAUGGCGCUGUCACUGCAGCAGGAGCAGCAGAGCCAAGACCUACAGUGGGAGCAACUCCCUGAAGGCAUCAGUGACCUAGAGCUGGCGAAAAAGCUUCAAGAGGAGGAGGACCGACGAGCCUCCCAGUACUACCAGGAGCAAGAGCAGGAGCAGGCAGCGGCAGCAGCACACGCACAGGAGGGCCAGCAGGAGGCUGUUGAGGGGGCUGAGACGGACAGAGGUGGUCCAGGAGCAGGUGGAGCAGCAGCCGGUGGUGGCAUAGCAGCACCAGCUGGAGCCACACCCAGCCCGGGAAAACAGUCAUCUAGUGGGGAGCGCAAAGCCAAGAAAGAAUCAAAAGAUAAAGACAAAUGUGUUAUUUUGUAACAUACAGCUGUCUGCGUGAGUGUGCAUGUGAGUGUUUUGUGCAUUUGCUUAUCUGUGAGAAAGGGGACAGCAUUUGUUUCUCCAUGGACUGGACACACAACGCACAGCCCCCACUUGAUGACAAACAAGGGAAGGAGAUGAUUGAGGAGAGAUGUGACUAACAGAGGAUUUGCUGUUCCCAAACCACUGGUGCCUGCUAUCCUCUAUCCUCAGUGGAACCUGGACAUCUGAAGAAGGGGCACAACAACAGCUACUACCCCUUCUCUUUCUUAGAGUCCACCAAACUUUGUUACAAGUUGCACACUAUAUUUGUGAAGGGGGGGGGGGGUCAAGUUUAUGUGGGGAUGGUAUAUUUUAUAGCAAAAGACAUAAUCUGAAGAAACAAAAUCUCACCCUCUCACAUCAUCUUCUUUUACAAAAAUUAAUUCAUUUCAGUCAUUUUUCAGUAGUGCAGCUUAUAAGCUUUUUGUAUACAUCAAUAUUUACAAAACAUAUAUAGCUGUUGAUGCCAAGAUAUGCAUUUUAUUUAUCUGUCUGAGCAGCUGGUAGCUUUUGGGAGAGGUUCUAUUCUUUUUUCUUUUUUUUUUUUCCCUCUAAGCCUAAAGGGAAAUCUAUGUAACACCACUCGUGUCCCCUCUGGAACACUACAUACUAAGGGUUAAUUAGCUGCCAGAUACUGUAGCUAUGUUACAACACUCAUCACAGCUUGCCCUGUUCAGAUUUGCCUUACCAGAGUAUGGCAGUGUUGUAUUCUGCUCUGUCUGAAUGUGAAUGUGCGCUUGUUUUUGUGUGUAUGGUAUGUGCAGUACAUGUGUGCUACUUGGUAUAAAUGUGUCAUUUACUGAGCAUCACUGAUGAAACAUGCUUUUUUUUUUUUUUUUUUUUUUCGCACUGUCAGUUAAGCUACACAUUUGGGACAUUUCAUGUCUUCUAUGUUGUGAUUCUAUUUAAAAAAACAACAACAUUUGGGACAGAAGACUGCAGAUAGCAUUGGCACAUUCUGUCUAAAUCUGAUGUUUCGGCGACACAGCUAGCUUUUGGCAGAUUAGGUUUGCCUUAGACGGCAUCUAGUUUAGAGUGAGCGGUAGUUUGAAAGUCUAUUCUGACAUCUUCCUGAAGAGAUGAAGUGUGUGUAUGUGGAGACACUGUCAGAACCAUUUCUGGGCUUUGAAUCCAGAAUUCAGUAAUGCACAUAUAAUGUUUCUCUAAAUGAGGGAAGUUCUGUUAGCAUUUGUUAACAUAUAUUUGUUUCCACAGCACUAAAUGGGACUCCCAAAUCUGUGAAAUUAGGAUCAAGAUAUACAACAUAAUAAAGUCUGUUCAAUUUAUCAGCUGGCCGAUAUUAUUGGCUAAAAUUAGUCUGUAAAUAUCAGCUUUUAUAAUGGGCAAUUAAUGAAAAAUGAAAAAAAAAAAAAAAAAGAUAUAGGAGAAACACCAUUCAGCCAUGUGAUGAGUGUUGAUGUUGCAUACUUUGUCCAACAGAGGGCACUCUGCAUCUUCUCUGUUGGCAAAACAGGUGUUUGGAACACCAUGUACAGCAACCAGGUGAUCCGAGAGUCAGGUGUAAACAAGCAAAUGUUAUGGAAAUCUAUUUAUGCUUCCUGUGUCCCAAAGGGAAAAAAAAAAAAAAAGAUAUCUGCCAUUUUUUUUUUUUGUCUUUAAAUCACGAAACAUUGGUAGUCUUAAAAGUCCUGUAUUUGUCAGGCUCUACAACAUAAUGUUCAACUUUGAAUUUUUCCCCUCUUGUUCUCCACGGUUCUCCCUUUCCUAGCCCCUUCCUUGCCAACUUGAGAGAAUACAAAUUUUUCCAGAUAUUUAUGAACAUUCAGGCUUAAAGUUCACAAAACAGAGCUGUGUUUGGAGAUUGUAGGAAAUUAUGUAUCACCUUUAAACUUGUGUGCAUUUCACUGCAAUGUUGCGCAUGCAAACACAUGAUGUACAUAUUUACCUAACGCAUUCUUAUAAUUUAGCUAGUGGUUUGUGCCAUUAUUGUACCAUGGGACUGCCUCCUGACAAACUUUUUCUAUCUACACAUUCCAGUCGGAUGCCUUGACUCAAGCCUUCUGUUAGAGACUUAGGGAGACAGUUGGCGUAGGAGGUUUUUGCAGUGCUUUUAAAGUGGUCUCUAUUAUUUCGUUCAGUGAGAAGAAAAUUCUCUGUCAGGACAGCAGGCUACCUACUGUGUGGGAAACCUUUCUUAUGGGCUUUGUGUGAUGGCUGGAGUUUGAGCUCCCCAUUUGUUUCUUUGGCCCUAGCAAGGCUAUGUAACGCCUUACAACAUUUCAGCAUAUUUUAUAGGACAAAAGGAAACGGGCGUUUUUCCAGAAUGAGACAAUCCAUACAUUUUUCACAAACUACUCUCAGGCCUUUUUUUGAAGGGACAUAUCCUCGGGUGUCUUUUCAGAUGUUACACUUUCUAAUGACACACUUCCUCGGCCUGAACUCACUAUCUCAGUCACAACUUUUAAGUAUCCGUUAUAUGAACACAACACACAACUGUUAUGACACUUUGAAAGACUUAACACUAUGUUAUUUACAGUCGAAUUCAUUGUUUAACAUCAUGGUAAAAAAAGCAAUGAACUAGCUGCUCCUGGUGAAAAAUUAAAAAAAGACAAACCUCACUGAACAGGGUUAAGGAACAUUGUUACUUCUGUACUUUUUUCAUAGAAAGCUUUGCAGUUUGUUUUUUCAUGCACCUUAAUAAAUUAAUCAAAAUUUCAUUUUAAGAAGAUAAAGGGGACGCUUUCUGAUAACAUUGUGGGUUUUUUUGGGUCUUUUCUUCUUCUUCAUUUCACCCUUAUUUAUGUCUUGGCCCAUCAACAAACACGCUGAUUAAACAUUCCAGUAGAAAUUUUUAAAAUGAGACUUUAUUUUGAAGAUGGAUUUGAUUUUGAAGAUUUUUUAUGUGGGUCAAUGUUUGUAUGAGUGAAUACAGUUUGGAGUUACACAUGCCACAGAUUUUUAUUAUUGUUUCAGAUUUACUACUGUGCAUUAGCUUGCUAUUCCUAGUCAUUACCAUCUGAAUUAAGUAGUUUUUGUUGUAAUGUGUUUGGUUCACCCUCCUUCCUAUGAUGAAUUGAUCAGAAGGCUAUUGUGUGUUUAAUGUCUCAAAGUGGUUUCUUGUAUGCCUUGUAAAAGUGAUGGUGGGGUAAAUGCUGUAAAAUUAGUAUUUUGACAAGGUGAUCGUUGAACAUAUAGUUGUUGUAAUUGGUUUUGCACUGUUACAUUGAUAUGCACUAACAGAAAAAAAACAUACCUCAUUUUCUACAGAACAUAAAUUGUGCAAGAGUGCUAUUGUUUUUUUUUUUUUUUUUUUUUUUUUUUUUUUGGGUAUCUUUAAAAAAAAAAAAAAAAAGUAAAUAAUGGCCAAAAUAAUUCUUAGUAGCAGUUCCUCUUAAGCCAGCUAAAUAAUACUAAUUUGUAAAAGUAUGAAAGGGCUGAUUACAUAUUUUGGCUUAAAAUGAAAGAGUACAUUUGUUUAAAGGAACCACUUUGUUUCCAGAAAUGCUGGGAUGCUGUGCAAAAUGUAAAUAUAGACAAAAGGCUGUACUUUGCAGAUCACCUAAAUAUGGCAGCUUGUUUCUAGCACUGGAAAAAAUUGCAACUUACUAACUCAAACUUCUGAGAAAGUAACUAAAAAUGUUGACUUAGCUCUGCCUGACAAAAAAAAAAAAAAAAGUUUAUCAGUGGCAGAAACAAGCUUCCAUAGGAAAACCUUAUUUUGAACUGAAAAUGAGGGAAAAAGACAACAUUAAACAUGGGGGGGGGGGGGGGUUGUUGUUUUUAAAAAGAUGCUCAUUUUGAAAAUGAUACCAAUAACACAUUUCAAAUAAAUCUGGAGUCAUAUUUUCUUUUAAUAAUGCCAUGUUUUCACUAUUUGAGACAUUUGGACUGCAGGCAGGCAAAUUUAGUGCCAAGACACUCUAAAAGCAGAGCCAUGCCUCUGUAAUAUGUAAAAAUCGGUAUGUAUUGUUCAGCAUUAUUGGGACCUUCACAGAUUUGAAAGUUAUUCGUUCCAUGUACACUCAUGGGCCCCUGUACCAUCGCAGAUGCUGCCUUUUAAACCAGUCAGAUGCCCCCUCUCCUCUUUACUUCAGAGAACAUGGUGGCAGUGCACAGUUGUCUACUUCAACUCAGGCCAUUUUAAAUGAGCUCGUGCCCGGAGGGACCUGUGGUGUUUGUGACUCUUGCAUAUGGUUUUCUCUAUGCAUGAGGUUUUUAAACCUAUAUUUGUGGAUGCAGCAUUAAUACUUUGCAGAAGUGUUUCUGAGAUCAAACCAAAUAAUGAGAAACAUUUUUUUUUUUUAAUACUGUACAACUUUUCUGGUCUUUAGAUGCCCCUGCCUCUUUUUUUUUUUAACUCUGUUGCUAGCUUCAAAUUCAAAAAGUGCUUUAAAAUAAAUACUCAGCUUUAACAUAUGUCACCUUUUUGUAGUAUUUAUAAUUAAAUAUAUGGUUUAAAUUAAUUGGAAAUCUUUGUAUUGUGGUUUUAUUUAUAUUUUUCACAGCAUCCAAACUUUUUUGGAAAUGGGGUUGUAGUACCACUUCAAUAGAACUUGCUGCAAUUUGAUAUAUUUCUAAUUAGUGGUACACCAACACCAGACUAAUGUCCUGCUAGUCCUAAGGCUGGAGUAGCAGCACAAAGCUGAAAGAUGAUGAGGAAGCUAUGAAUUAAGGAUUAAUGGAUGCCUGUUUUCUACACAGUAUGGAAGAAAAUAUGUGAAAAGGGGGAAAAAAAAAUGGCAUUCAGUUUCAUCAGCAAAAAAUGGUGUAGGUGCACCCCUAACUAGUUUAUUGUUCCCAUCAAGACCAUCAUUUCAUUCAUACACAAUGUUCUCAAAGAAGGGCAGUAUGCCAAAACUACAUAUAAAAAUGGGAUAUGGCUGCUUCAUCAGGCUUGAGUGUUAUUAAUGUAGCAGAGGGAAACGCUCGUUGUGUGACAGACGGAUCACAGUGCUGAACAAUCUAAAGGGAAAGCUUUUCUUUAUUGCAAUAUCAAACUCCCAGAUUUUACCUUGUGAUGCAUGUACAGUGUGGGCUGGAAAAUAAAGCGGAGUAAAAGUUCAUCAUUGACUACCCCAAGAAAAUUAAUUUCCACUGUCCGGUCUAUUAUGUUUAUAUUUCACAUAAAAGGAGCGUGUUUGUGAAUAUGGGAGGUUACUCAUUUGUGUUGAUUUCAAUGUUCAUCUAUUUACAUAAAUGACCAAAUAAUGUAUGUAGCCUUUCACAUUACAGUCACAUAUUGUA